GAGUAUCUCAUAUACGUUGCUACACAGUACUGGAAGGUUAGGCCGAUCAAUCGUGUUUAGAUUCCUGUGUCUUCUUAAAGUGUUAAUGCAAAUGAAUUCUCAAGUUAAUUUUUCAAGCAUAUCUGCCAAUCUCAACUCCAUCCCUGUUCUAAAUGGUACUAACUUUAAGGAAUGGAAAGAAAAUAUUCUAAUAACUUUGGGCUGCAUGGAUCUUGACUUAGCAUUAAGGGUAGAGCAACCUGCUUCUCUUACGGAUGCUAGUACCCAAGAUGAAAAAAGGUACUAUGAGAAGUGAGAUCGCUCGAAUCGCUUAAGUCUUAUGAUCAUAAAGCGUGGCAUUCCAGAAUCUUUUAGGGGUGCUGUAUCCGAUGAGGUUACUAAUGCCAAGGAUUUCCUUUUUGAAAUUGAGAAACGUUUUGUUAAAAGCGAUAAGGCGGAAAUAAGCAUGUUGUUAAAAGACUUUACUUCCAAAAGGUAUUCAGGAAAAGGAUAUAUAAGGGAGUAUAUUAUGGAAAUGUCUUAUAUUGUUUCUAGGCUCAAGACACUUAAGAUUGAGAUAUCGGAAGAUGUUCUGGUACACAUAGUCUUGAACUCUCUUCCUAUUGCAUUUGAUUCUUUUAAGGUCAGUUAUAACUGCCAAAAAGAGAAGUGGUCUCUUAAUGAGCUCAUUUCAUAUUGCGUGCAAGAGGAAGAGAGGAUGAAACAAAAUAAGAUAGAAAGUGCUCACUUGGCUAGUAGUACCUCUAAGGAUAAGGGUAAAAAGAGGAAGAGAACUCCCAUUAAGAGAGAAGCUGCUCAAGGUCCACCACAGAAGAAACAUAAGGAAGGUGAAACAACCUGUUUCUUCUGUAAGAAGUCUGGACACAUGAAGAAGGAUUGUACCAAGUAUCAUGCUUGGAAAGUGAAGAAAGGUACGGUCCUUGCCUUGGUUUGUACUGAAAACAAUUUGGCUUUAGUGCCUAGAAAUACUUGGUGGUUAGACUCCGGUUCAACAUCUAACAUCAGUAUUUCUAUGCAGGGUUGUCUGAGCCACCGCAAGCCAAAUGAUGCUGAAAGAUGCGUCUAUGUGGGAGAUGGCAAAGCGGUGCAUGUGGAGGCUAUUGGGCAUUUUAGAUUGUUAUUAUCUACCGGUUUCUAUUUGGAUUUAAAAGACACUUUUAUUGUUCCGUCAUUUAGGCGGAAUUUGGUUUCUGUUUCUUAUUUGGACAAAUUAGGUUAUCAUUGUUCCUUUGGAAACUUCCGGUUUAAUUUGUCUUUAAAUUCAAAUAUUGUGGGGACUGGUUCUUUUAUGUCAUAUGACAAUCUUUACAUGCUUGAAACAAUAACUUCAUAUAAUAAUGCUUUGAAUGUUGACACCCG